UAGGUUAUGUUGUUUGUUUUCUCUGGUUUAUUUCUUUAUGUUCGGCGGAAUGUGAAUGUAAAUGAUGAAUAAGUGAUAAAGCUGUGAUUCUAUUCCUAGGUUAUCAGCCAAUUUUCAAGAGGUUUACCGAUUACCAAGUGAAUUUAAUUUCAUUCCUUCUCUUUUAUUUGAAGUCAUCGAGUUUUUGCACACGAUAGAAAGUUUUCGAUCUGUGCUGAGGUUUAGGAUCUCAUUAAAUUUGAUCAGCAGACCAGUCAUUCCAUUUUUCUCUUUGAGUGUUGAAUUUUCACGAUUACCUUAGUUUUUUCCGGUAAAUAUUGUGAACGCUAUACCUUUAACUCGUUGCGAUUAUCUAGAUGAAUUCGUAACUGUAUUACGUAUCAAUAUACGUAUCAAUCAGAUUUGUCAAAGAUCCCUUUUGGACUGUCAUAUCUGUCGGGACAUCUUACAAUUCGUGCUUUGGAUUAAAGUUAGAUAGUUGCUAUCGAAGAAUAAAAACAUCUUUUCAAUUGUCAGAACUGAAGAAAUCAUCCUGGCCUACUAAUCUGAGGAAAUCUUAUCAGGAAAAAAAAAGGUGUCUGCUGGGUGCAGCCUCAUUUGUCAAUUUUUGAAGUGUCAGAGACGCUUAAGGACAAGGAUGGAUGAUCAAGCAUGGAUGGAUGCAAUUGGCAGAAUAAUAGAUGAAAGACAAUUUUUUGUUUUUCGCGGCUUUCCUGGUCCUCAUGAUGGAAUCAUAGAAGGCAUGAUCAACGAUCAAGGUAUUCAGAAUGGAGCAGGGUAUGCACUCCUUUACAGAGCUCUUAAAACACAUCAACUUUGGCUAGCAAAGCUUUUUUUGAUGGCGGGUGCUAAUGUUCACCGUGAGAGUUCACCAACAGUCUAUGAUAGUCAUCUACUUGUUCUAGCAGCUCAGUGUCCCACUGACACAGAAGUUGAAGCAAGCGAAGUUGCGGAAAUGCUCCUGGAAAGAGGUGCAUCUGUCAAUGAUAUCGAUAAAAAAAAAAGAUCCGCACUUCAUUAUGCUGCCAGCUUAGGAAAUGAAGGUUUGGCAGUGUUACUUCUCAGGGUAGGUGCAUUAGUUGAUAAAGUUGAUUCCGAACUUCUCACUCCAUUGCAUCUAGCUGCAUCAAAGAACCGUCCAGGGGCUAUUGAAUUGCUGUUGACGAAUGGAGCUGAUCCAAAUGCAACUAGUCAUUGGGAUGAAACUCCACUGCAUUUAGCUGCAACUAAUGGGCAUUCAGAAGCCGUUAAUUUGCUGUUGAUGAAUGGAGCUAAUCCAAAUGCAACUAGUUAUAGGGAUGAAACUCCACUGCACUUUGCUGCAACCAAGGGGCACGCAGAAGUCGUAGAUUUGCUGUUGACGAAUGGAGCCAAUCCGAAUUCUGUCUCUCUUAGGGGAGAAACCCCGCUGCAUUUUGCUGGUAUUAGUGCGUCAUCAGAUUCUAAAAUGGAGAGAACCGUCUCAUUACUAUUGAAUCACAAGGCUGAUAUGUAUGUCAAAACAGAUUGUGGUCGCACUCCAUUGCACAUAAUGAUCAGGGAAGAGGAAAUUGUAAAAAAAAUGUUAGAGCAUGGAGUGGAUGUAAAUACUACUACCAGGGAUGGUCGAACUCCUUUGCACUUGGCAGCUGAAUAUGGUUGCGAUGAAGUCGUCGAAAUAUUAUUACAUAAUAAUGCUGAUGUAGACUAUGCUGACAAAGGUGGGAGAACUCCUUUGCAUUUUGCCUCGGAGAGAGGUCGUCUUAGCAUUGUAAAACUACUUUUGGAAAAAGGGGCUGAAGUAAAUGCCCUUGACAAAAAUGGGAACACACCACUGCAUUUGGCAGCAAAGUAUUACUCUCAAGAUAACUCUUAUUCCAGUAUGAUUCAGUUUUUGUGGGAAAACAAUGCAAAUGUCGAUGCUGUCAACGAAGAAGGUGACACCCCUAUUAAUAGAGCAAUGAGCAAGUAUUCUAUUUCCGCCCUAUCAAAAUGCAAUGCUGACAUCAAUUGGCAAGGAAACUUGCAAGAAACUGCUCUUCAUCAUGCUGUUUUAUGCAACAACGCUGAUGCUGUAAAAUCCCUCAUACACUGGGGAGCUGACUGCAGUCUAGAGAAUUCCUCAGGAAAGACUCCCCUAGCUUUAGCUAUGUCUCGCCGAGUUGAUUACAGCUUUCUGAAUAUGAUCCUCAUGAAACAUGUAACAAGAUUGAAGGUUGUCAAUUGGUAUGAAAAUGAAAACGAUCUGAGCCUGCUUUCUGAAAAUUUUUGUGAUGCCUUGAGACGUUUUGAAAAAGCUUGCAAGGAUGAAUUGAGUCAAAUGAAAAAUGAAAUAAUAGAUGAUGAUCAACAUACUCUAUUGGAUGUUUUAUUUGAGUCUCGUAAUCCACAUCAUGCGAUGCUCUGCUCACAAAAUGAACAAGAAAAGAUAAAGAACAAAUUAGCUAGUUUUAAUUUUGAUCCAUUUCCAAUUUAUCGCAGUUUCAUCAUGAAUUUUUUAAAAAUCUGAACUCAUGCUGGAGAAAAAUUAUUGUUGAUUCGCCUGUGCCUGCAGGUCAUUUGGCAUCACAAGGUUGCUCAUAUAUGUAAGUGUGUAGGUUGCUGAUUCAGGCAUGUGUCAGAAAGCUUAUUCUACAUUAUUGUUCAGGUAAGCCUGCCGAACGUUUUGCUACAUCUACUAGCUUUUUCUUGCAGAACAACAAUAAAUUUUACUGUUCUGCCUAAAUAUUUGGUGAAAUAGCAAACUGUUCGGCAGAUAUUUAAACAUUGAGCAGAUGUACCCAAAGAAGUGUUAUACUAAAUUAGCUUUUAUGACUGAGCCAAUUCCUCCAAAUCACACUCAUACAUCAAUAUAUUUUUUCCUGUCUCGGGUAUUUUCGAAAUAAAACGAAACUCAGUUUUCA